AUUUUCCUGGGGGGAAAACCCCAAAAUUCCUGUCAGAUGCAUCGUGCCAGCGGCAAAAUUCAUCUCAGGUACAAAAUCUGAAUUUUAAAAGUAAUUUUUUUUCAUUAAAAAAGCUAAAUUUGAGGCGUGAAAUCCCUCUGAUAAGGACAAACUUAAUUAUCAGUGGCUUCAUGAUCGCAUCAGUGCCUGUUUAAAGCCUUCCCUUCAGGGUUGUUUUACCUCAAAUUAUCAAAAAUCCCAAUUUUAUUUUCAAUAUUUUACUUUUUUUUUUUUGAAAGCUGAAAAAAUUACUCUCACCUGAACCCAAGUCCUACUUUAAAUGGAAUUAAAAAACUUAAUUUUAAUUCGACUUCUCCACUUGAGAUUUUUAGUUAAAAAAAAAAAAGCUGCGGUUUCAUGGGGGGUUUUUGGUGGCUCCAAGAAGAAUUUUUAGUCGUAAAAAAGAGGCAAUUUUUGGUCAUAAAAGUGGCAAUUUUGAGUCAUAAAAAGAGGCAAAUUUCACUUCCCGUGGCGGGGGUGAAAUUUUAGAGUGGAAAAUUUGCUCAGUUCAUGACUCGUGUGUGAUUCACGAUUUCCUCUGGAGAUUUUCCUCUGCUCCAGGGACAUUUUGAGCACCUCAAAUCCUCCCCGGAGUUCCAUUCCAAGUUGGGAAUUUAGAGGUGAAAUUUAGGAUUGGAAAUAUCCCAAAUUUCUGGUCUGGCUGAGCACGAAAUUCCCUUUUUUUUUAAGGAAUUUCCACCACGUGGGAGCUUUUCAUGUCAUUUAUAUCCUUAAAUUUUAUGAUUAUUUUAUUUUUUUCUUGCCUGGAAAUAUUUUUAAAAGUCGUGAAAAAAACCUUAAUUAACAGCGAGAUGAAUUUCUAAUGGAAUGAGAAUAUUAAUGAGCGGCAAGCUGCCAGGAAAAAAUACAAAAAAUAAUUUCUGUGGAAAACUCGGGACAUUUUGGGUGCUGAAAAGGUUAAAACUCCUCUCCCUCAGCCCUGGGGCAGCAAAAUCCUUUUUCAGGAAAGGGGAGGGAGAGGAAAUCCAAAUUUUUUCUCCUUUUUAAAGCUGAUUUUCACCCCAGCCCGGCCGUUAUCACUUUCGGUCCCUCCCUCGGGCGAGGUUUGAAAAAAGCGAUCUUUAGCCAAACCUUCAGCAUCCUCAGGACGUGGCAGAGGAAUUAUCCCACGGCAAAAUCCCGGGAUAAUAAUCCCAGGAUAUUCCUGCCGGGCAGAGAAAGUCAAGGUCGGUGCUUGAGCAGCUCCUCACUGCCAGGAUGAGCUUCCCAAAUCCCACCCAACAUCCAGGAGCUGGGAAUUCCUGCAGGAUCACCCUUGGACAAGCCAAUCAGGUGAUUCCCAAAGUUCCCCUCCUGAGGAUUCUGCAGGCUGCGGGCGCCCAGGGCGACACCUUCACCCUCAAGGAGGUGAUGCAUUUCCUGGGUCAGUACAUCCUGGGCCGGCAGCUCUAUGACAAGAGGCAGCAGCACCUGGUGCACUGCGGGGGAGACCAGCUGGGAGAGCUGCUGGGCCUGCAGAGCUUCUCCCUGCGGGAUCCCAGGUGAGGGGAAAUUCCCCUUUUCC